UACAGUGCAGUUGAUUCCAACCCUUUAUCCAUUUAUGUUAUGCAUCCAUUUUGGAAUUCUUUUGUUAAGAUUUUACCCACAUGGCUAGCACCAAACCUUAUCACUUUCACAGGGUUUAUGUUUCUUGUUCUUAAUUUUCUAAUGUUGGCUGCCUUUGACAGUGACUUUUAUGCCUCAGCACCAGGCCAUGUACAUGUGCCAAGUUGGGUGUGGAUUGCAGCUGGUUUGCUGAAUUUCAUUGCCUAUACUUUAGAUGGUGUUGAUGGAAAACAAGCUCGAAGGACAAAUUCCAGCACACCAUUGGGUGAAUUAUUUGAUCAUGGGCUAGACAGCUGGGCCUGCAUAUUCUUUGUUGUGACAGUCUACUCUAUCUUUGGAAGAGGAGAAACUGGCGUGGGUGUCCGUACCCUCUAUUUCAUUCUGUGGGUUGUUCUGUUUUCUUUUAUCCUUUCACACUGGGAGAAAUACAACACAGGAGUGUUAUUUUUGCCAUGGGGUUAUGACAUUAGUCAAGUG